AUUUCGUCCGCUUACCAAGUGAACCCUUGGUUAUCAUCAGGGCGUCCGCUUCUACCAAGUACUGGGCAAAAGAAGGUUAAACGGUGUAGUCCCACGUUCGUACUCUCUACGGCGUUGUUCAUACAGAGGAAAUAAUUUCGAGCUACCGAGGAAAGCCGAUAUUAUGGGAUCUCCCCUUGGCCUUAGCAAGGCCGCCCUAGCCCUCUCCUUCCAGACGGUCAUCUUCCUCUCUCUGCCAUCGAGCGUCUACGCCAGGCCGUCACCAGGGUGGCCGAUGGUCAUCAACACUUGGGGAGGCCCUUUCGUGAAUGCCACUGAUGCCGCCUACGAGGCCCUCCUAAGGAGGGACGUGUCCGCUCUAGAUGCCGUCGAAAUCGGCUGCACGGUAUGCGAGGAGAACCAGUGCGACGGGUCAGUGGGCUUCGGCGGCUCGCCCGACGAAAACUGCGAGACCACGCUGGACGCCAUGAUCAUGGACGGCGUCACCAUGAAGUCCGGCGCCGUUGCUGGCCUGCGUCGCAUUAAAAACGCCAUCGGCGUCGCCCGUGCCGUCUUGGAGUACACCUCACACACCCUCCUCGCCGGCGACCUGGCCACCCAGUUCGCCAUCGACAACGGUUUUCAGGAAGAGAACCUGACCACCGACGCCACCCUCGCCCGCUGCGCCACGUGGCGCGAGGGCAACAACUGCCAGCCCAACUACCGUCAGAACGUCUCCCCCGAUGCCAGUGCCGGCUGUGGGCCUUACACGCCCCUCGCCCUCGACUCGUCUUCGCCGGACUACUUCGGCCUCAUAGCGCCGGACGCCGCGCAGGCGAGCCACGACACCAUCUCCCUGAUGGCCAUCGACGCCGCGGGCAUCAUGGCGGCCGGCACCUCCACCAACGGCGCCUCGUUCAAGGUCCCCGGCCGUGUGGGCGACGGGCCUAUCACGGGGUCGGGGUCCUACGUCGACGGCGAUGUCGGCGCCUGUGGCGCCACGGGCGACGGCGACAUCAUGAUGCGCUUCCUGCCCUGUUACCAGGCUGUCGAGAACCUGCGGCGCGGGAUGAACCCGGAGGAGGCCGCCUACGAUGCCGUCCUGAGGAUGGUGCGUAAGUAUCCGGCCGUUGCGAGCGGGAUCGUGGUCGUGGACAAGGACGGCGAACACGGAGCCGCUGCGUCGGGCUGGGGGGGCACGUUCACCUACGCUUUUCGGGGAGGGCUCAUGAAUGCUACCAACGUGGUGGGAGUGCCUAACAUUUGUGUUCCUGACUCUCUCAAGACGCAGCCGUGAUAAAGGAGAACAGACAAGGUAGAGAACGAGCACGAAUUUGAAGUUGUGAAGUUGCAAGAACAUAUAGUUGCCCUCGUAUCCCUCGGCGGUCAUUACAAACUAUUAGCUGGAUUAAUACACAGCGUAGAGUCGGC